AUGUUCGGCGGAGCGCCUGCUGACGUCACCCCCCAGAACUGCCUAGCCGACCUCUGCUCUAGUUGCCCGCUCUACACCUCGGGGCGCGGCGCCCUGGCAUCCUAUUGCAAGGGCAAGGAUUGGCAGGCCCACGUGCUGAUCCCGCUGGCGGAGGCAGCUGCUCUGCGUCGCGAUCUCGGCCUCCGUCGACCCUGCAUCGAUCCUAAGCUGCGCCAUCCUGCCAUCUGCGGCGUGUUCAUUGCCGCGCUGCGGGGGCGCGGGCGGCGGCGACGCUUUUUCAGCAGCGGGGACAUUUCCAACGCCGUCUACGCCAUGCAGUUGCCGGAGGGCCUCUGCGAGUACUUUUCCAUGCCGCCCGCGCGGGCUGGGCUGGCUGGUGUUUUUGCUUUGGACGGCGUCGCCGUCCGCAAGUCGGACUGGCUGCUGCCCGAGCUCGCCGUUCUCCCCAUGGGCUGCUCCUGGGCGUUCUAUGCCGGUCCGCGACCGCAGCCUCGCAUCAGGCUCGGCUCGCGGCGCCCCGCCAGCGGCGCGGCCUACGUCGACGACUACCUGGUGGCUGCCUGGCAGCGCGCGAAGGUGCGGGCGGUCACGGGCAAGGUCGAGCGCGGGCUCGCGUCGCCCGGCAUCGUGGCGCACGAGCAGGUCGACGCGACCCGCCAGGCCUGCUUCGUGGGCCUUGACCUCGACGGAGAGGUCGUCGUGGUCCAUUGCGUCUGGGUCACGCUGCUCAAUGGGUGCUCGCUCGCCAUCUACGACGCCGUCUGCGCGUUAUUCGUCGUCUUCGCCGAAGCGGAGUGGCGCGGCGAGGUCGCGGCCAGCGACGCCUCCAGCUUGGGCCGCGGUAUCUGCCGCCGCUGCUGCGCGCCCGGGGGCGUCGCCGAAGUGGGGCGCGCCGAUGAGAGGUGGCGCUGCCUCUUCGAGGACUCGGCCCGCCCGCGACACCCCAUGCUGGGGUCGGCCCGCGCGGCCGCCGCGCUGCGCGACCCUGGGCGCCUGCCGUCCGAGGAGGCCAAGGACUGGGGCAAGUCUUUCGGCGAGGUCGACCCCGUCCUGCUUGCUGGGGGCGGCUGGGCGGUCGCCCGCUCGCUCCCCGGGCGCGACGCCUUCGACGUCUAUCGCGCCGAGGGUCUGGCCGUCAGCUCCGCGCUCUGGCGCCGGCAUCGAGUUGCCGGGGCUUUCGGCAAGCGCGUCGCGCGCCUCGUCGACAACGCGUCGCUCGCGUUCGGCAUGGGCGCGGGGCGGGGCGCGUCCGCCCAGCAGCGCAGCCUCGUCGCGCUCCAGGGCGCUGGCACGGGGGUCCUCGCGGCGCCGGCGUCGGCGGCUGCGGCGGCCCGGCAGUGCGAGGCCCUGCGGGGCGGGCUCCUGGUGAGCCUCGCCUACCUCGAGCAGAGGUCGAUCGGCGAGCCCGCGCGGGCCGACUGCAGGAGGCGCGCGGGUGCCUUCAUCGCGCGGUGCUCCGAGCUCCACCUGGGCUGGAGCGACUGGCGCCAGCUGGGCGCGAUUGUCGUGACCUACUUCGACUUCCUGUAUUUCCAAGUCUACGGCGGGGACGACGCCUCGCGUCUGCUGGCGGGCGUUCUCUGGCGCGCGCGGACGCCGCCCCCUUGGCUGGCGGUCGCGGCCAUGGCGGGCGUCUUGCCGGGGCGCGGCCAGAUCGAGCAGGCUAUCGCGAUGAUCCUCGGCGCCGCCUGCUACCUGCGCCCCUCGGAGUGCGACCUCCUGCCUGCGAUGCAGGUGGUCGCCCGCGUCGCGGGGGCCGCCAGGGGGCGAUGCUUCGCCGCCUUGAUGCUGCGCCCGGCAGAGCUCGGGCGCCUGGGCAAGACGGGCCUCUGGGACUUCGCGAUCGCCUCCGACGCUGCUGGGGCUCAAGCGGCGGGCCGCGUCGCGCGCGUGGUUCUUCCCGCCGGCGCCCCUGGGGGCUGCAUGAGGGGCGCGGCGUCCGCCCUCGGUCUGACGGACUUCCCAGCCCCGGCACGCGGUCUGCGCCGCGGCGAGGCCUCGGGCGACCACUUGGCCAAAGGGCGCCAGGCCCUGGAGAUGCAGCAGCGCGGCGGCUGGGCCGCCGACGAGAACUACUGUCGGUGGGCGAAGCAGGCCCGGAUCAUCACCGAGCUGCAGCGCGCCCGGGCUCGCGUCGUCGCCAUCGGCCAGGAGGUGGGCGCGGCCCUGCCAGUGAUCUCCCUGGGCGGCGCCCCGGCUCCCGCGCAGUCGCGGACCUCGCUUGCGCCGUAG